UUUCAAAGCCCGCUAAAUGUUUACGUUUCAGUUUAAGCCGUGAAUGAUAGAGAGUGGGUCGCAUAGUCUGUGAAUGAUAAGACUUAGUUACUAACAUCUAUGCUACCGGAGCGGUUUUCUCAAUGGUCGCCUACUAUUGUGUUUGAACGAAGAGCACAUUUUUCUAAAAAUAGACGGAUAUACAUGUACCUGACACAAUAGAAGUGGUUUUAUUAUGGUAUCAGGGAUAACAAGUUAGUCAUAAACUCGAGAAACCAGUCCAAAGGAUGUUAUACCUUUUCAUGAUCAGCCUGCUUUUCUUGGGCUCCAGCAACUGUAUGCGUAUUGUAGACCUAACCCACGAGCAAAGUAUCUCCACCAUCUUCUGGCCGGGGAAUCCACAGUACAACUUUACCAUCUUGUUCCGAAACUUCAGCGGCAGUUAUUGGUAUGAAUCAAACUCAUUUUCCACCGCAGAGCACGGCGGAACUCACGUCGAUUCUCCAGCACAUUUUUACAAGGGCGGGUGGAGAACACAGCAGAUACCGAUGGAGAAGCUUGUGGGUAGGGGAGCCAUCAUUAACGUUAAACAGAAAGCGUCCACAAAUCCGGACUAUCGUGUUUCCGUUGCUGAUCUCAUUGACUAUGAGGACACUUACGGGCGGAUCCCUUCUGGGGCGGUAGUAAUCAUGAACUCAGGGUGGAGUGAUAAAUACCCUGACCCAAAUGCCGUCUUCAACACCACCAACCCAUCCGAUCCAAACACAUUUCACUUUCCAGCUUGGCAUGAAGACGCUGCAUCGUGGCUAAUUAACAAAAGAAACAUAAACAUCAUUGGAGUAGACACGCCUUCCACCGACUAUGGCCAAUCAAAGACCUUCCCAGUUCACAUACUUCUCGGAAAGCACAACAAAAUAGGGGUGGAAAACGUUGGCUUUUUAGAUCAAAUCCCCGAGAGCGGAAGUACGGUGUUUGUUGCUGUUGUUAAAUUGAGAGACGGUAGUGGUGGUCCAGCUAGAGUUUUUGCCAUGGUUGAUGAAGGAAAAGACCAAUGCACAUCUGGCAGUAACUGUCAAUUCUACAGUGCUUCCUUACUGAUCGCUAUAAUUCUUUUUGUGCUUACGCAGAAAUAUUAAACCUGUAUGUUCA